AUGGAGAGAAAUACUGGAAGCAGUGCGUGGCAAUCGUCGCCGGAGCAGGAUUGGGAGGACGACAAGUCUACGUCCCCAUACCUUCCCCAAGACCAGGACGGCCAGUCACCAGAUGACCCGUCCCCAGCCAGCAGCGCUCACGACAACGAGUGGCUGUCCUCAUCGGAGCCAGAGAACGACGACGGCCAGUCACCAGAUGACCCGUCCCCAGCCAGCAGCGCUUACGACAACGAGUGGCUGUCCUCAUCCGAGCCGGAGAACGACGACGGCCAGCCCGACGAACGAUUCAGGACAACACUGCAGCGGGAUGAGUGGGACUGGCAAGAGUCACCACCACCUCCCAGCUCGGAAAGCGACAACCUACCUGAACGGCACUAUCCCGACAAUGUGCGCGAGGUGUACGACGAGGACGCACCACCUCACCGCGGCUUUCGAGGCCCCACAUAUCCACCCCGGUUCCAGGGCCAUCAAGACGGCGGCUCCUACUCCAGGUCACCAAAGCCGGAACCCCGACGCGACCCAAGGAGCGGACGAGGGGUAUACAAGCCCGCCGAGCCGCAGACUGAGCUGGAGCAUUACGCAGCCAGUCCGGCCAGCGAGUCCAGCAGCGACGACGAGCAAAUCUAUUACCGGGAAGUGGUAGCAUCCGCAGAAAACUACCAGCACAUCACCACUCCCUAUGGUGCCCGAGUGACCCGCAACACCACCACUACUGUGGAUAUCUUCCUACCCCCGGGAGAGACGAUGAGUUCGAUGUUCAACGUACCGAGAGAGUCACGGCAAGCACUCAGGGGUCGUGAGGAGGCUCGAUGCAUGCCCGUCGAGCUGGAAGCGACCACCGAUGACCGGACCAGCAACCGACAACCAGAAGCGGCCAACUACACGCGGAACAACCGCAACGACAGCUCACAGAGUCAACCAAGGCGGAACACCUCACCCGAGACUGUCCAACGGCCUACCUGGGAGCCGGCAACAUCGGACGAAGAGGACAACCGUCCCCUCUUUCGUCGGCGGUACUCACGAGCCCCGACCAACGCGACCACCAGCGAAGCAGCACCAGCGGAGUGGGUUGUGGCACCGACGGGGUGGAAGGUCGACACGAAGGACCGGAAAGUACCCCAGGACCUGGUCGAGGACGUCAUGUCAGGGAUGCACAAGCGCACCCGGGCCCGUUACUCCAAAGAACUGGACGGGCAACGAUUUCAAGUGGAACGGACGAAGACUCGGAGGGUUUUGAUCCAUUUGACCCCCCGAAGAAAGGAGAGGAUGUAA